UGCGCAGGCGUACAAACUAGUAAACUAAGAAAUAAUUGUUAAUUCAGUCAGUAUCUUUACUUGUGAACUUUGUACCUGUCGCUGUCCUCAUAUACAAACAGUGUCAUGUUGCGCAUACUGGGUCGAGCUACGUCCCGAGGAAUAGUGAGAGCUGUCCAGUGUACGUCCACAGCCAUGACACACCCACCUCCAGGCAAGAUGUUCUCCCUCCAGGCGUCUUUGCCCCGCCUUCCUGUCCCUCCCCUCGAUCAAACCCUCAACAAGUACCUGAAGUCUGUCAGACCCCUGCUCAGUGAUGAAGAAUUCAAGAACACAGAACAGAUAGUACAGGAAUUCAGUAAAAAUCCAGGACCCAAACUUCAGACACUUUUGGAACACAGAGCAAGUCAGGAAGAAAAUUGGCUGUCGGAGUGGUGGAUGAAGACUGCCUACCUUGAGUUUCGGUCACCUGUUACAGUAAACGUCAGUCCAGGAAUAGUGUUCCCGCGCCAGAGCUAUAGAGACAAGGAAGGACAACUCAGAUAUGCAGCCAAAUUAAUUGCUGGUGUCUUGGAUUUCAAGCUCAUGAUAGACAACCAGACGUUGCCAGUGGAACACAUGGGUAAGAAGCCCCUGUGUAUGACCCAGUACUACAAGAUCUUGUCUGCGUGUCGUACACCUGGCAAAAAGUGUGACAGUUGGACCUGCUACCCUCCCGACCAACCAAACGCCCCAAAGAGCAUUAUAGUGGCUCACAACAACCAGUUGUUUGCACUAGAUGUUUAUGGUUCUGAUGGAAAACCACUGUCUGAGGCCCAGAUCUAUCGUCAGCUGAAGAGCUUAGUACAGGAAUCUGACCAGGUGGCCACGCCCGUGGGACUCCUCACCACAGAAAACAGGUCCACCUGGGCCAAGGCCUACAGCGAACUAGCCAAAGAUAAAGAAAACAGUGCCAGUCUAGACCGGAUCAAGCACAGCAUUUGUGUGGUAUGUUUAGACAACAACCUACCACAGGACAUGAGUGAUGAGCGUAGCGUGGCCGCACGACAAAUGUUACAUGGUGGAGGUGAUUGUCUAAACUCCGGCAAUAGGUGGUUUGACAAGACAAUACAGUUCGUGGUUGGGAGGGACGGUAUCAGUGGACUGACAUAUGAACACACAUCAGCAGAAGGACCCCCAGUGGUGAUGCUGCUCGACCAUGUCGUUGCUUACUGUUCUAAAAACAAGUCAUCUGGAUCAGAUUCCCCCGCUCCACCCACACCAACAAAGCUCACCUUUAACCUUAGUACGAACAUCAAGGACAUGAUAGCCACAGCCCGGACCCAGUUGGAUGUAUUGGUGGACGAUGUUGAUCUUAAUGUGUUCGUGUUCAACGAUUAUGGCAAGAACUUCCCCAAGUCACAAAAGAUGAGCCCCGACAGUUUCCUACAGAAUGCUAUACAGCUGGCAUACUACAGAAUACACAAUGAGCCAGCACCCCACUAUGAGACUGGUACCCUGCGUAUGUUCCACCUGGGGAGGACAGAUACUAUCCGGUCAUGUUCCGAGGCCUCUCUGGAAUUUUGUAAAGCUUUUGUGGACGCCAAUACGUCCAAGGAACACAAGGCAGAGUUAUUGAGGAAAGCGGUUCAGGCACACAAAAACUACACCAACGAGGUCAUACAAGGAAUGGGUAUUGAUCGUCACCUCAUGGGACUAAAACUGGCAGCAAUAAAGAAUGGUAUGAAUGUCCCAGACCUCCAUAUGGAUAUGGCUUACACCCUCAGUACACACUUCAGGAUGUCAACUAGCCAGGUGCCAGCACACUCAGACUCAGUAUUGGUGUUUGGUCCGGUUGUCCCUGACGGCUACGGUGUAUGUUAUAACCCACAGGAAUCACAGGUACACUUCGGAGUGUCAGCUUUCAACAUAACUCCUGAAACAAGCUCGAAGAACUACAUCAACAUGCUGAGGAAGACACUGCUGGAGAUGAGAGACCUUUUCCAGGGAUCAAUGAAUUCCAAGCUUUAAUGUAUACUACCUCUGCCAAGUAUAUAUUUUCAUGCUAGAUCUUUAUUUGUGAAAUAUUUGGAGUGUAUUUUCCCACAAAGCCACGUACACCAGUUAUGUAAGGAUAUAAGCGAUUAUUAAGAGUUACCUCAAUCAGCAAGUUUGUACAAGCCUAAAUCUAGUGUUAUUGAUUUUUCUUCAGUACUAUAGCAAUGAUAGAAAAAUCAAUCACUUCCACAAUCCUUCCCAUUUAAAUAUCUGGAUUGUUAUGCCUCUUAAUUGAUUGACACAAUAAAUGGUCUUUAUUUUUAGAUUCCAAGAUUGAUUGAUGCACUCAUGGGAUUCCAGCAAAUAUAAUUCAUGCACGUGUUUGGUUGUUAGUCAGACUAGAUACACAUGUAUAGAUGCAAAUGAAGUGAAAACACUCCUUUUUGAUAUAUGAAGCUGAACUGGACAGGGUCAAUUGCUGGCAAACACUGCUAGCUCAAUUGGUAGAGUGUCAGUCUAGAGUUUGGAGGGUUUCAGGUUCAAUUCCCAGUCUGGCCGUGCAUAUUUCCUUUCCUGUUACAGUGGUGCCUGUGACUAAAUCUUAAUUGUUUCAAGAACUCGGUAAAUGCUUGAUAAGGAGAUACUCGAAACUGGGUUGUAAACAGUGUUUCGGGAGGCAAAGACUUAGAUAAAGGAGGGAGGAAUGUAUAUAUAGUGGAGCUUGACUGGGCC